ACCCAACUCUCAGCCACUAGUGCGCCCAGCGUCCUCCGGUGCUGACCACCGCAACGACGACAGCGAUUUCAACCACCCAUUGACGGGGCUGGAGAGAGAGAAGGCAGGCCAUCAUGCCAGGGUUCGCUGAUUCCUUCUGGUCGACCGACUAUGCUGCGGGACUCGGCGUCCUGUUUAGCAAGCUUCAACAGGGUGUUCUAGAGAACCGUCAAGUCCUCACUAUUGCCCGGUUGCGCGCUGAGGCUGAGGAGGCCUACAGCUUACGCCUCAGCGAAAUCACCCCCGCCGCCGACAAAGUUCAGGGUGGUUUCUCUCGCGAUGACGGCGCGACUGUCCGCAAGGCCUUCGACGGCAUGCGCAACGAGAUGCAAGAUGCCUCCCGCAACCAUCACCGAAUCGCCCAGAGUAUCCGCGAUCUCGUCGUCAACCCGUUCUCUCGCUGGUGCGAUGCUCACGAGGCCCGCAUCCAGGAUUCUCAGGAUGAGCUCCAAAUUCGCAUCAAGACGCACGAUCGCCAAGCUGAGGCCGUCAAGAAGCUACGCGCCGUCUACUUCAACAAAUGCCGCCUAGUCGAGGAUAUUGAGGAGGAGAACAAGCUCGCCUUCCAAGAUCCGGAGGUCAGCCCUAAGCCGAACGGGCCUAACAUUCCGGAGAUCAAAGUUCAGCCUCAAGAAGAGGAAGAGAAUAAGGAAGAGGAGGAGCUGUUUGAGAUUGGCGACGAUGUCUACCAACCUGAUCAGAUGAAGAAGAUCCUCUCUCACAUGCUCUCCACUAUCAAGCUGGGAGACACCAAGGUCCCUAUCCUCGGCACCUACCUCAACACCUCAGCCGGUUCCGAUAUCGUCGAGUACCUCCAGCGAAGCAUGGGCACCUCCAGCGUCAGCUAUGCCGAGCGCAUCGGCCAGGAUCUCAUCUCCAACGGUUUCCUCCGCCUUAUCGGCAACGUCGGCAACACUUUCGCCAACAGCUCCAAGAUGUUCUACCAGUGGCGGCCUAAGGCCUUCCAACUCGCUGGCGUCCCUGAGAAGAAGGCCGUCAACCGCACCUUCUCCAUGCCCGCCUCGGGCUCCGAGGGUGGUGACUCUCCUGUUGUUGGCACUGUGAGCGAAUACCUUUCCGGCUGGAGCGUCCUCAACAACUCCCACCCCAACGAGACUCCCAGCCAGCGCAUGCAGCGCGAGGCUCGCGAGUCUGAUGACAAGUACAAGACCGGUGUCCGGAAGCUCGACGACCUACGCUGUGAGCUUGAGGAGGCCAUCUUCCUCCAUCUCACUUUCCUCGAGCGUUGCGAGCUCGACCGCCUCAAGGCCGUAAAGACGGUCAUCCUAGACUUCUCGGGCACCAUUGGCAAUGUCAUCCCCAGCUUGCAGUCCACCGUCGACCAGAUGAUGCUGUUCCAGGAGACCAUCCAACCCCAGAGCGACCUGCGCUACCUGCUUGAGAACUACCGCACAGGAAGCUUCAUUCCCAAGGUUGUGGUCUACGAGAACUACUACAACAAGGUUGACGAGCAUACCUUCGGUAUCGACCUGGAGGCACGUGCCAGGGCUGACAAGAAGCGAGUCCCGGUCAUCGUCACCACCAUCCUGACCUAUCUCGACCACCACUACCCCGACCUUGAAGGUGACGAGGCCAGAAGAAAUGUCUGGCUGGUCGAUGUGCCACUCACCCAGACUCAUCGCUUGCGCGCCAAGGUCAACGAUGGCAAGCUCAUUUCCCCAGAAGUAUUUGAGGAAUUUGAUAUACCCACGGUCGCCAGUCUUCUCAAGAUCUACCUCCUGGAACUACCUGACUCACUCGUCUCUUCUCAUGUAUACGAAAUCAUCCGCACAAUCUACUCAACCACCGCCGCCGAUUCAUCCGAUGCCUCGCGCAUCGCUGUUCUGCAACAGACACUGUCUCAGCUUCGGCUCACCAACAUUGCCACCCUUGAUGCCUGCAUGAAUCACUUCACCCGCCUCAUCGACCUUACCUCAGCUGAUGAUAGCUACGUCUCAUCCCUUGCAGCCUUCCUUGCGCCAUGUGUCUUGCGGCCACGAGCAGAGACAUCUCUCACUAUGGAGGAGAAGCAUUCGCACCGACUGGUGCGCGACCUCUUCGCCCAUAAGGACGCCAUCUUCAGCGCACUCAAGCGCAUGUCCUCGCUCAACCACUCCUCCUCUGUCAGCGCCAACCGUCCCCGCGCCAUCAGCACCGACGAAAGCAACCGCAAGGCCCUCAUGGAGGAGCGGAAUAGGGCUCUGCUCGAGAAGGCCAGUGCAAACCGCGGCCGGGACAGGAGCCCUGCGCCGAGCCCCCGCGGCCACCGACGAGAACGCAGCACUGGCGGACCUGAGACGCGAUUCCCCAUCCAGACCAGCCCGACCUCAGCCGCCGACCGACAACGCAGCAGUCUUGGUAGCCUUGGUAGCCUGAACAAGCGAAACAGUCUCGAGGUGCCCGGCCCCGAGGGUGCAGAGCCUGUGAAUGGCGCCGAUGUGGUCAAGUCACCCGAUUCAGAGACCGUUACCGAGAAACGCGAGAGUCUCGGACGUACUACCGCACGAUUUGUCGGCGGCAAGCGAGUCCCUGUCACGCCACCCUCAGAACGCGGCGUGACACUCGAGGACAGGCCCAUGCAAUAAUGCUUUGGCAGUGAUGAGAUAGGCCCAAGAGGCGUUUCCACGUCGAAUUGAGCCUUUGAUGCGCUACGGCAUACGUCAUGAGAAGAAACAAAGGGACGGAAAGGAAUGGAAAGGCAUAUGAGGGAAGAGCUUUGGGAGAGAAAGCCCCUUCUCCUUUCCCGGGCAAUCUAUCUA